UGAAACCACUUGCUGCACAAUACUGAUUCUGCAUUAGUGUCACCAAGCACCAUCUGUUCCGUUAUUGAGAAGUUCCCCUCCUUCCCUGGCACAUUUUAUUGAAGAUCAGAUACAAUCCGGAUAUUGCUUGCUCAGUGGCUUCCUGUGGGAAAGGAACUUUAGAACAGGAAAAUCAAGAUAACUGUGUUUAAAGAGAUGGGCAGGGUGUUAGUUCAUAUGAUAUUUCGAUUGUGUAUUCCUGCACAUCAGGGGAUUGGACUGGAUGGACCUUUUGGUCUCUUCCAACUCAAUGAUUCCUUUUUUAAAAACUAUGAUUCUAUGAUGCCAAAAUCCUUAGGGCUGCCUCCUUUCAAGGAAAGAGAACUUGUCUCUUAGGAGUCCCAUCUGUGUAUGAGGUUUUCUGUGAUUCUUUGUUUUCUGAGCAGUACUUUUUCUUCCUUCCAGGCAGUGAUAGGCAACUGAAACAGGAUAAUGGGAAACCAUGCCAAGCAUUGAUGCAAAGAGACCAGAGCAAACAGGUAGAAAUGAAGGAAGGAAAAAAUAACGCCAGAAACAAGGGGAGAACCACACACAAUUCUCAAAAAGGUGAUGUUUCUGGAACCUCAAUUGAAGGAAGAAUACAGAAACAAAACAAAAGGAGUAAAUAUCUUUGUCUUGCACAUGACAGAAGUUGCAGCUUUAAAAGACGUCAUAUUCUUCACAGGAGAAUUCAGACUAAAGAGAAAUCAUUCAAAGGUGGUGAGUGUAGCAGCUCCAGUUUUAUCUCACUUAAAACUAUUUACAGAAGAAUGAGGCCAUUCAAGUGUUUGGAGUGUGGAAAAGGUUUCACUCAGAAGAUAGACCUCACUCAUCACCAAGCAACUCACACAGGAGUGAAACCAUUUAAAUGUCUGGAGUGUGGGAAAGGCUUCACUCAGAAGAUAAGUCUCACUCGCCAUCAAGCAACUCACACAGGAGAGAAACCAUUUAAAUGUCUGGAGUGUGGAAAAAGUUAUAUUGAGAAGGCACAGCUCACCUAUCAUCAAAAAACUCACACAGGAGAGAAAUCAUUUAAAUGCUUGGAGUGUGGGAAAGGCUUCACUCGGAAGACACACCUCAUUUGUCAUCAAGCAAUUCAUACAGGAGAGAAACCAUUUAAAUGUCUUCAGUGUGGGAAAUGUUUCACUCAAAAGACAGACCUCACUCGUCACCAAACAACUCACACAGGAGAGAAACCAUUUAAAUGCCUGGAGUGUGGGAAAAACUUCACUCAGAAGGCAAAUCUCACUCGCCACCAAACAACGCACACAGGAGAGAAACCAUUUAAAUGUCUGGAGUGUGGAAAAGGUUUCAUUGGGAAGACACAGCUCACCUAUCAUCAAAAAACUCACACAGGAGAGAAACCAUUUAAAUGCCUGGAGUGUGGGAAAGGCGUCUCUCGGAAGACACAGCUCACCUAUCAUCAAAAAACUCACACAGGAGAGAAACCAUUUAAAUGUCUGGAGUGUGGAAAAGGUUUCAUUGGGAAGACACAGCUCACCUAUCAUCAAAAAACUCACACAGGAGAGAAACCAUUUAAAUGCCUGGAGUGUGGGAAAGGUUUCAUUGGGAAGACACACCUCACCUAUCAUCAAAAAACUCACACAGGAGAGAAACCAUUUAAAUGCCUGGAGUGUGGAAAAGGUUUCAUUGUGAUGACACACCUCACCUAUCAUCAAAAAACGCACACAGGAGAGAAACCAUUUAAAUGCCUGGAGUGUGGGAAAGGCUUCACUCUGAAGACACACCUCACUCGUCACCAAGCAACUCACAUAGGAGAGAAACCAUUUAAAUGUCUGGAGUGUGGAAAAGGUUUCAUUGGGAAGACACACCUCACCUAUCAUCAAAAAACUCACACAGGAGAGAAACCAUUUAAAUGUCUGGAGUGUGAAAAAGGUUUCAUUGGGAAGACACACCUCACCUAUCAUCAAAAAACUCACACAGGACAGAAACCAUUUAAAUGCCUGGAGUGUGGAAAAGGCUUCACUCAAAAGACAGACCUCACUCGUCACCAAGCAAUUCACACAGGAGAGAAACCAUUUAAAUGCCUGGAGUGUGGGAAAGGUUUCUCUCGGAAGACACAGCUCACCUAUCAUCAAAAAACUCACACAGGAGAGAAACCAUUUAAAUGUCUGGAGUGUGGAAAAGAUUUCAUUGGGAAGACACAGCUCACCUAUCAUCAAAAAACUCACACAGGACAGAAACUAUUUAAAUGCUUGGAGUGUGGGAAAGGCUUUGCUCGGAAGACGCACCUCACUCGUCACCAAUCAACUCACACAGGAGAUAAACCAUUUAAAUGCCUGGAUUGUGGGAAAGGCUUUUCUAGGAAGACACACCUCACCUAUCAUCAAAAUACUCACACAGGAGAGAAACCAUUUAAAUGCCUGGAGUGUGGAAAAGGUUUCAUUGGGAAGACACAGCUCAGCUAUCAUCAAAAAACUCACACAGGAGAGAAACCAUUUAAAUGCAUGGAGUGUGGAAAAUGUUUCAUUGGGAAGACACAGCUCACCUGUCAUCAAAAAACGCACACAGGAGAGAAACCAUUUAAAUGCCUGGAGUGUGGGAAAGGCUUCACUCGGAAGUCAGCCCUCACUCGUCAUCAAGCAAUUCACACAGGAGAGAAACCAUUUAAAUGCCUGGAGUGUGGAAGCAGUUAUAUUCAGAAGGCACAUCUCACUAAUCAUUACAAAAACUCACACAGGAGAAAGACUAUUUAAGUGCCUGGAGUGUGAAAAACAUUACAUUCAGAAGAUGCAGGUCACUUAUCAAAAAACUCACAAAGGAAAGAAACCAUUUCAGUCCCUGGUUUGUGGGAAAAGCUUUACUCAGAAGACAAACUUCUGUCAUCAAAAAACCCAAAAUAUGAGAGAAACCUGAAAUGGGGAAAAGGUAUAUGUAGAAGGCAUUCCUCCCUCAUCAAUAAAAAAACCCACACAAGA